AUGGCUGAAGACCUCAAUCAAACUCUAAUUGAUGAGGUGCAAGAUGAGCUUGCAAACGAAAGAGAUGUUCAAGAGGGUCAUCAAGAUCAUAGAGAAGAAAACGAUGAUAUGAUUAGCAGAGAGCCAAUUAGAGAUAAUGUUGUUGACAUGGAAGUAAGUUUAAAAAGGCCAAGGAAACUCAAAAGUCUAGAAACAUGCAAUUGGACAACUGUUAUGGAUGAAGUUUUGCUUGAUGCAUAUUUGCAUCAACAAACAUUGAGAAAUAAAAAUGCAAAACCCGAAGCUGCUGAAUGGAAAAACAAGCCAAUACUAUUUUAUGAUAAAUUGGCCAAACUUUUUGGAAAAGAUCAGGCAAUAGGAGAGCAUGAAGGUACAACUGCUGAAAUGAGAGCAAAAAAGGAUGCAAAUGUUGAAAAAAGUCAUGGCACAACCAUCAAAGAAAUAUACCACUUAGUUGAAACCAAUGAAGUUAUUUUGGAGGGAUGUGAUGAUGAUGAACAUCAUUCCAAUAAUUCUCCUACAAGGCCUUCUAUUACCAAUUCUCAAGAUGUAUCAUCAUCUAGGACUAAGAAGCGAGUAAAGAAGGUUAUUGAAGAUGAUACAAGCAUGAUUGAGAUUUCCAAAACUUUCAAAAAAAUGGUUGAUGUGUUUGAAAUGAAUUCCAUGGAGCUGGUCAAACAAAGUAAAAAUGCUAAUGGUGGAAAUAUUUGGGCUGAAUUGGUCGAGAUUGGGGUUGAACCAAGUUCUUUGCCUCUUGUAUACAUGUACCUUGUUAAGAAUGCCGAUGCAUUGAAAGCUUUUAAUGAAAUUCCAAUCGAUAAGCGGAAGGAAAUGUUACAUCUCAUUGUUCCAGACUAUCCCUUUUGA